GCUUUACAGCUAUAAUUAAAACGAAAAACCCUUCCUUACCUACGACAUCAAAGUCGACCCACCGAAAGGACCACGCUCCGCCUUUUUUUCUCUUUCAAACAGGUUCAAGCUAUCACCGACAAGGAGGUACUUUUGUCCCUUCUCUAAUUUGUCUUUGAAAAGCCCAUUCCACCCCGUUGUAAAGAGAGGCGCGUUGCGCUACAAUCCAACAGUGCUGGAGCAUCAGGUACCAAUAAAAUUUGACCUCCAACAUUUGUCCUUAACGAUGUAUCUCCUGGAAUACGUACAGCCCCUUCUAAUGAUGACGUUGAUUUAUUCUCAGAAAGUCGACUUUGAUUGUAGACGUUGGGGAGUAUCGUGCGCCAAGAAUGGAAGGUGUUUAACAACUUCAAAUUACUGCGAAUGUUCCAACAAUUAUACUGGACAUGACUGUGGACUUCUAACAUAUGUUUCAGCCCAUGAACCGCAUAUGUUGAUGAGUGAGAAAUCUUGGUCCUCCAGCAUUUCUCCAAGUCCCAACUGUGGAGGUUUGAAGUGUCAAAAUGGAGGCACAUGUGUGACAGCCAAUGAAACAUUUUUUUGUUAUUGUAGUCCGAGUUUUUAUGGUGACCGAUGCGAAAGUUCACGAGUUGCCGUCGACUGCCAAAGCACACAGAUGUCCAUAAAAAUCGCUCCUUUCGGACAAUUCACCGGGAAAAUAUUCGUGAAAGAUUUCGAAGAUAAUCCGAACUGUUCUUUCAACAAUAUGGGAGACGUGUGGGAACUUAAUUUGGAUUACUUUUCAGGAUGUGGAGCCGGGAUUGAAGGUCAAACUGUUUUCAGCGAUAUUCCAAAGAUCGGUGAUGUGUCGUUUAAGCGGGAAAUCGUGGUACUCUACAACCAAGACAUCAUGAACAGUUUCGAUGAGUUGCACACAGUCAGCUGCCAACAUAACCUCAAGAUGGUUAUUGACCCGAUGUCUAUGACUUCCAAUGUUGUCGAAGAUUCCAAUUUGACCAAGACUGAUACCAAGAAUAUUUACAAUCCAAUUGGAUUCGAGAUUAAGGACACCAAUGGUGAUCCGCUGAAGAAAGCCGUGUUUGUAGGAGAUCAGGUUCAACUGACUUUUAUUUUGUGGGAUAAUGAAGUAUUCAACGACUUCCACGUAAGUGACUGCGAAGCUUUUGAAGCUGGAGGUGGGCAUAGCAGUAUAAAACUUAUCGAGAACAGUUGUGUCAACAAGAAUGCGUUCAGCGUCAUUGCUGGUGACUUGAAGAAAGAUGGCGCCAUCCCUAUGACAAUCUCGCUCCUGAUCCGGGCUUUCCGCUUCGUGAAAUCUCCCGCCGUCUCUUUCCGUUGCAAUGUGAUUGGGUGCAAACCCGAUGAUGAUACAUGCUCUUCUUUGUCUUGUAGAGAUGGCAGCAAUGCUUUUGGUCGUAAACGCAGAGAUGUGGACGGUGUCAGUGGUGCUAUAGAAUUGACUGAUGGAAAAGAUCAGAAAACUCUCUCGAAAACUCUUUAUGUCAGGGAGCUGAGCAUUCAAAAUAUGUCAACCAUGACUCCACCUGACGACUGUCUGGCCAAAAACGAGUUCAUCACCAUGAUUACAUGUCUAGGAGCUGUGGUUUUAGUUCUUCUCAUUCUCUGUGGAGUACUCAUCUACUUGGUUCGACGCAAGCGCACUGAGAAAGACUACAAUGGAGAAGCACCACAAAAAUCUAUGGGAAUUGUGGAUUUCAAGAUUCCUCGUGUAACAAACUAAUUUUAUAUAUAGAGAAUAUCGCAAUAAUUUCAUUUGUAACCAUUUUUUCUUCUCACUCUCUAAAUUCCUUCAGUUUUUAAUAGUUUAUUUUACAUUUUAGUUGUUCUUUUUUUUUGGUAGCUUUUUUAAAUGCUUUUGUUCUUGCUUUUUCUUCUUUUUCUUGACACAUAUUUCAUACUUGCUAUUUGCUACUCAUUUGAUACUACAGGCAGCACAAUGUUAGUUUGUUUUAUUUUCGCUUCUUUUAGCCUACUUAAGAUAUUUUGGAUGACAGGGAGGUAGUUUAACUCACUGUAGCCACUAUCAUAGUCUUGUCAAGUCACUUGACACCUUUCACUUGCUACGUCUUCUGAAUAUUGGAAGAACAUAGAAAAAAAAGACAUCCUUUUUUUUUUCCUCUUUUUGAUUCCUGAUUCCUGUAAAUUUACCUUUCCACUGACCCAGUUCUUAAAAUCGAACCACAUCAAAAUGAAGGCUUAGAGAGAAUUAAAUAAAUGUAUUUGUCAGAAAAGUGUCACACACACACAUCCAACAACUCAGCAUUCAGUGACACAACACUACUACAAAACAAAA